UUCUUCAAAACCCCAUCUUCUUCUUCUUCAAGCAAGCGCCUCCUCGAGAAGAAGAAACCACCAAAAGACAGCCAUGCCGCCGAAGUUGGACCCAAGCCAGAUCGUUGACGUGUACGUCCGCGUAACCGGAGGAGAAGUCGGAGCAGCGAGUUCUCUAGCCCCCAAGAUCGGUCCGCUCGGUCUCGCCCCCAAAAAGAUCGGAGAAGACAUCGCGAAAGAAACCGCCAAGGAGUGGAAAGGCCUACGCGUCACCGUCAAGCUCACGGUGCAGAAUCGUCAGGCUAAGGUCACGGUGGUUCCGUCGGCGGCGGCGCUGGUGAUCAAGGCGUUGAAAGAGCCGGAGAGAGACAGGAAGAAGGUGAAGAACAUCAAGCACAACGGCAACAUUUCGUUCGAUGACGUGAUCGAGAUCGCGAGGAUCAUGAGGCCGAGAUCUAUCGCAAAGGAGCUGAGUGGGACCGUGAGGGAGAUUCUCGGGACUUGCGUGUCUGUUGGGUGUACGGUUGAUGGGAAAGAUCCCAAGGAUAUUCAGCAGGAGAUUCAAGAAGGUGAGGUUGAGAUUCCUGAGAAUUGAGGAUAAAACGGAGAAGUGUUUGUGUUCGGUUCUGUGUUUUUAUUUAGCUUCUAUGUUUCGGUUAAGAACAAGUCAGUUUUGGUUUUGUUGUUUUGUCGUAUGCUGUGGUUUGCUACUUUUGAUGAUCACUUUUAAAUUGAAAUGGUUGAAACUUUGGCCUAGGAAUCGAAAUGGUAUUGCAGCAGCUUUUUGUUGCAAGACUACUUACAAUGUU